AUGUCGGGCGACGGCAAUGCGCCGAUCAAUAGCUAUCUGCGGGAGAAGGGCCCGCAGCAGGAGAACUACAGGGGCUUCCACCCAAGCGGCGAGUAUGCUCGCUUCCACGGGCCACGCAUGUCGGCGAGGUACCCGGAGUUCCCUGUGGUGGAUCAAGACCCGUCCUUCACGGCAGUCUUGUCGAACGCGAACGUGGAAGACUACUUCCGCAUCGCGAAGUGGACGACCGUGGGCUGGCUCGCGGGCUGGUGGACUGGCCGCAGCGACAUGAGGUGGGCGACGGGCACCGCGGGGCGCCUCCGCGCGGCGUGCACCCUGGCGACGUACGCCAUGUUCAUCGGCGCCGCCGGCUCCUACCACGAGUCGUGGGCUCGGCUGACCGGCCGCAAGUCCAACAAGGCCGAGGUCAUCGAGCUCAUCGAGCGGGACCGCGACCAGUUCGUCGCCAACAAUCCGGACCUGUCGCUGCGGCAGUCGUUCCUGGGCGCGCUGGCGGGCGGAGUGCUCCCCGGGACCACCGCGAUGCAGCAGCGGCCGUUCGCCGCGCUGUCGACGAAGGAGGAGCCCCGCUGA